AGCGAGGCGAGGGGCACCAGCGCCGAGGCCGCCGACUUCCUCGGCCCUUCCUCCUCCUCGUCUCUCUCUCCGCAGCCGCUUCGGCCCAGCGCGGCGCGAUCGGCUCGCGCCUCCGCCCCGCCCCGCUGCCCUGGCCGGCAAGCGCGGCCAUGGUCGGCGGGGGGUCCUGCUGUGGGCUGGGGCAGGGGGCCGCCAGGUGAGCCGCGCGGCGGCUGCAGAGCAUGCGGCAGCGGAAGGGCGACCCGGGCGUCCUCGAGUGGGCCGUGUCCGACCCGGUGCCGGCCGUGGGGUGCGUGCGCCUGCGGCUCACGGCCUGCCCCGGGGCCCGCGGGCCUGGCAGGGCGCCCAAGCUGGCGGCGGCCCCGAAGUGCCUCAUCGAGGCGUGGGCCGAGAGCACGGCUGGCUCGGAGGAGGUCGCCUACUGCCACGUGACCGCCAGGCUGGGCCACCCGCGCGCGCGCGUCCACUGGCUCGGCCGGAGCCAGCAGCGCGCGGUUCACAGCAGCGUGGGCGGCGUCAGGUGCGUGCCUCACGGGAGGGCGGCCGCGCCGAGUGCUGGGGGCGGCACGGCGCCCGUGCUCGACAGGAGGCUGACCGUCGCCGAGGCGCUCUUCGGCGCCGCCGCGGCCGCCGCUGAGAGGCUCGGGGCGCAGGCCCUGGAGCUCCAGGCCAUGGACAACGGGUCUGGGAAACUGGUGCAGCUGUACUUGGACAUGGGCUUCACCAGGGCCUCUCAGGAACCCGGAGAGAUCCUCUGGAUGGAGGCGCCCGUGGAGACCAUCGCGGCGCUCGCCCCCGAGGCGUGGCUGCCGUGGCUGCUGCCCGCCGCCCUCGACGGGCCCCGGUGGCUCCGGGGCGUGGUGGCGCAGAAGCGCGGCGACCAGGCGAUACGCUCGCGGCCGCCCGGGCAGCAGGUGUGGGCCGUGCCGUGGCCGCCGGGUGCCCGGGUCUACGUCAGGCUCGAGCGGGAAUGUUGCGAGCCGUCUACUCGGAACGGGGAGCAGCCCGUCUUCGAGGCGGACUAUCAAAAUGACCGUUUGCGCAAGGACUCGGGCACGAUCGCACUCUGUCCCUACGGCAGGAGCGAGCUCGGCUUGCCUGCGGGUCAACGACCUCGGCGCGACUUCAUUCCGACCGUGGAGUGCCGCAUCGCCGAGAUCCGCAUCCUGGACGCCGAGCGCAAGUACGAGACCACUUUAUUCCAUAUACACAACCACGAGCUGACUGCGACCGACCGCCAGCCCUUCACCGCAGCGCGGUCAGCUGCCAAGGCCCGCCUCGACGACAACCCCGACGCGCGCAGCCGGGUCUUGAUAGGCCGGCGCGCCCGUCGCCGGGCCCGCGGGCCCGGCGCGAGGAUGCCCGGCGCGCGCGGCGAGGGCGCCGGCCUGCUCGCCGGCGAGGAGGGCGAGCCUGAGGUCUUGCUCGCCGAGGGCCCGCCUCUCCGGCCUGCCAGCCGGCACCCGCGGGCAUGCCGCAUCGUCACAGUCGCUGUGCCGGCGGUCGCGGUGUGCGCGGUGGUGGCCGCGCUCCGCUGGGGUAGCCUCGGUGGCCCCGUCCGCAGGAGUGGCGCGGUGGACGUGACGGCGGGCAUGUUGCUUAGGGACUGGGGCGAUAAUGUGCCCAGGCCGAAGAUCGCCUGGUUUGCAGACGAGGACUUCAAUCCCAAGGACCUUUUCGACAGUCUGGCCACGAACAAAGACCUGACCGAACCACCCCCAGAGACGUCGGCGCCCACCUCUGCGCCCACGCCAGCACCUACCGCACCCACCCCGGCGCCCACGUCGGCACCGCCGGCAUCUACCUCGGCGCCCACGGCAGCACCUCGGCCAGUAUCGGCGGCGUGUGGAAGGGGGUCCCUGAUCUCAGAAGUUUAUGUUUUUGUUUUUUUGUUUUUCUUUUUUGCAAUCUGGGCGUUCAUCCUAGACUUUGGCCUCGGGGCUGGCCAUCGGCCUUUUCGGACCAUCAACACGGAUCCGUGACGUCACAUUGGCCACGGGGCAGCGGUCGG